GCCGCUUGCCCGCCACGCUAGAACCAGCCGGCAGCCGCGCCCGAUGAGCGCGGACUCGCCGCGCACGGCCCUCACGCGCCGAUCGCACCCGCGUGGUCAGUUCUCUGGUGGUUCCCGGUCGUCCAGUGCCAAACCGUCAGAUGCAGUUGCCACAUAAAAAACGAGAAGAUCGCGAGCGCGAGAGAUAUGAAUCACACGUGGCCAACGCAACCUUAACAUAAUAACAAUGAAAGCUUAAUAAUACUAAAUGACUUAUGACGAGUUACAAUAAUUCAAUUGUGAUGAUUAGCACGUACUGUACCAAUGAAGGCGUCCAAAUUUUUCAUAUUAGGUAAAGAUUUAACGUAGUUUAUAAACUUAAGGACACUCAUGCGGGGACAAUACGUGAUAUCUAACGUGAAGACAUGAAUAUGAUCGCCGUGGUUCUGGUUCUGUCUUCCGGUGGUGUUUUGAUGACUAUGGGCCUGUGAUUGUUGUGGUAUGGUGUGAACGAACGCCAGAAUGGCGGCCGUCGCCGGCCUUUAUGGACUGGGAGACGAGCAGCGCGGACGACAUCGGCGCGGCCAAGCCAACGCCGAACGCUCCGAGUCCAGGGAUGACAACACUGAGGCGUCGCUGCCGAAAUUGUGCAGUCAAGAAGAAGAGCAGGGUCGGCCACCUCAGGGCGGCGUCGUCACAUUUGAACCCAUACACCAUGACCACGACUUCUGCGAGAGGGUCGUGAUCAAUGUAAGCGGGCUCAAAUUUGAAACUCAACUUCGGACUUUGAACCAGUUCCCGGAAACACUGCUGGGCGAUCCUGCUAGGAGGAUAAGAUACUUUGACCCCCUGAGGAACGAAUAUUUCUUCGACAGAAACAGGCCGUCCUUUGACGCCAUCCUCUAUUAUUACCAAAGCGGGGGUCGACUACGUCGGCCCGUAAACGUCCCUCUGGACGUCUUCUCAGAAGAGAUCAAGUUCUACGAACUGGGGGAGCAGGCCACCAACAAAUUCCGUGAGGAUGAAGGUUUCAUAAAGGAGGAGGAGAAACCCCUGCCGUCAAACGAACGCCAGCGCAAAAUCUGGCUGCUGUUUGAAUACCCCGAAAGCUCCCAGGCUGCCCGUGUCGUUGCUAUCAUCUCAGUAUUCGUCAUCCUUCUGUCCAUCGUGAUCUUCUGUCUCGAAACUCUGCCAGAAUUUAAACACUACAAAGUUUUCAACACCACUACCAACGGAACCAAAAUCGAAGAAGACGAAGUGCCCGAUAUCACCGACCCCUUCUUCUUAAUAGAAACACUCUGUAUAAUCUGGUUCACCUUCGAAUUGAUAGUACGGUUUCUUGCCUGUCCUAAUAAGUUCAACUUCUUUAGAGACGUGAUGAAUAUAAUAGACAUAAUAGCUAUUAUCCCCUACUUCAUUACCUUGGCCACCGUCGUCGCCGAAGAAGAAGAUACCUUGAACCUACCAAGAGCUCCGGUUUCGCCUCAAGACAAAUCCACCAAUCAAGCCAUGAGUCUCGCUAUACUUCGGGUAAUUCGCCUCGUGCGAGUCUUCCGAAUCUUCAAGCUAUCGCGACACUCCAAGGGCUUACAAAUUCUUGGACGAACUCUUAAAGCAUCUAUGAGAGAACUUGGGCUUUUAAUAUUUUUCCUCUUUAUCGGUGUGGUGCUGUUUUCAUCUGCGGUGUACUUCGCGGAAGCCGGAAGUGAGAACAGCUUCUUCAAAUCCAUACCUGAUGCGUUUUGGUGGGCGGUCGUGACAAUGACGACCGUAGGAUACGGCGAUAUGACGCCUGUUGGAGUGUGGGGUAAGAUCGUGGGAUCGCUUUGUGCGAUUGCUGGUGUCCUCACGAUCGCUCUACCGGUGCCUGUCAUCGUAUCUAACUUUAAUUACUUCUAUCACCGUGAGACCGACCAAGAAGAGAUGCAGUCCCAGAACUUCAACCACGUCACAAGCUGCCCUUACCUGCCCGGGACUAUGGGCGAACCUUACUUGAUUUCAGGACCCAUUAAGAAAUCAUCAGUGAGCGAUGAUUCAUCGUCCGACAUGAUGGAAUUAGAGGACUCGGCCUUAGCGGCAGAUCCUGCUAAUCUAGAGAGCAACAUGCGUCGACUUCGUGAGGAGGAACGUCUUCUUCUAGAGCAGCAAGCAGCUAUGGAAGCUGCAGGGAACGUGGACGACAUCGCCGCGUUAGAACACCAGGAUUUACUGCGCUUGAAUCAACUAAAGCAGCAAGAGGUGCAGAAGCAACAAGCGCGACAGGCGAACCGGUCAAACACGAACGCGCCAGACAACCGGCGCGGCGAGCUGCGCAGACGCACGACGUGCAAUGUGCGCGUCAACCACUUGCACGCCGCUUCGGGCGCUGAAGCCCUGGAGACGGACGUCUGACCAACGAUCACCGUAGACAUACAUCAUAACCCGGGACAGUCUUAAAUUGUAAGGCGUGCCGGGAGGACGGCGAGCACGCGCAUGCCGUAUGGCGCGGUCGGCUGCCCGCGCGCUCGCCGCCCGCGUGUCACGUGUGAGCGUCGCGCCCGCCGCACGCCUGCCGCCCUCUGAUCGCGACGGCGACGCUGCCGCGCGACGCCUGCACGCAUGGUUGCACGCCCACCGCGUUGUCACACACUUAUGAACUAUUUAUAGAUGCUUCGAUUUCGAGCGAUCCUUUAGUUUUAAACAAAUACUAGCAAUCAAGUUUUUAACGACUUACCUUCUAUAAAUAAUAUCUUUGAAUACGCUUGUACCUACUAUGAGUGCAAUUCGCCUCGGCCCUUAUUGUAAAUAAAUCCAGAAAGCUUACAAACCGCUUCGUACACUAAUAAUUUAUACAAUUCGAUACACAUGUAAUAUUAGGAAUUAUACUACUGACGACUUAUAUGUAUUCAAAUAGGCCUAUUAUGAAUCACUUUAAGAGGCGUUAGCUUCGAGUGACGCCACAUUUGUAAUACGUACAUGCAUGCGUAAUGCGCCUAAUGCAUAAAAUGACUUGACUUCGGCGAAGUGAACGUGUUGUUGUCUCUACGACGCUGCCCAAUCACUCGCGCUUGAUACUGAUUACUGUACACUCAAUGUGACACAAAUAAUUAUUUAAAAAGCCUACGUGGCUACGCAACAAUUUAUUUAAAGCCGAAAUUCAGAUACCGAGAUAGUCCACUUCGAAGACAGAGCCGAUUUAACGUAGAGGCCGUAGAAUCUACCAAGAGGUACGAGUACGACCAAAGACUGAACGCAUCGAAUGGAUUUGACGCCGAAAUAUAAAUUUCUCUCGCAUACAAUAAUUUCACGGAAAAUCCAGUAAGCCGAUAUUCAGCACAAGGUCGGGCCUGUGCGCCUUGUCGCUAAUCUCGUACCAUAGUAGACAAUCGCUUCAAUGGACUCAAUCAAAGUACUAUUCCGGUAUAAAAUUUAGAGUUGGAUUUAAGGUACGGUGAAACGCGGUCGAAUAAGUAUUCAGAACGAGGUUGUGAUUUAAAUAUAUCAACCUCGUGUUGUCAGGAACGUAGUCGUAAGAUUAAUGUCGUAUGUUUUAAAGAUUGCCAAUGUAUAAGCCCCGUGACACACGGCCGUGAUCCCGACCCACUCCGACUCAAUGUUGAGACAGCCUCGGCCGCCUAACAGCAACUAGCAUCGUAGUUUAAUGAUUAUUAAUCAUAGGUUUACAUAAUUCUGCUUGUUGAUGUGUCUUAUAUGUUACUACAUUUAAAGGCUUUAUUCGUUAAGUAUACAAUACAGGAUGGUUGUGAACAGAGAAAUGUUAGUGACAGCGCUUCGUUACAACAUCGGAUAUGCUCAAUUUCGUCAGGCAAACAGUUCAAGUCAAAUUUUAAAAUGUUUUUCGUAUUUGUAAUGGUAUUUAGAUCUUUACAAUUUCUUUAAGAACUAUGAAAUGUUAUCAAACAUUUUAAGGACUCGCUUGCCUUGCGUGAUUUUUACACUGUCGCUAAUAAUGAGAAUGGAUAAUAUAAUCAUAUUAGCUUUUAAUAUUAUAGACAUAUCCAAUAAGAAGUGAUUUUAUUACUUAAUGUGUUUAUUGUUCGAACUAUUGAUAAGAUAACGGCCAAAUACUCAUUUCUCUCGACUUUUCUGAACCCACGAGAUUCUUGUCUACUUGUCAAUUUCAUACUUUUACGUUUCUCAGUGGGUUUGUUGAAGUCUCGAGUUUGGAAUAAAAUAUCCUUAACGAACAAUAUCUAAAAGCUUUGCAAUUUCUAAAGUAUUUUAAUUUAUUUUCUUAUUCAAAAUUAUAGUUCUCUAUAUGUUGACGCGAUUGUUAUUCGAACUUCUGAUUACUCUAUUACUUCUUCGAAUUAUUUGCUAUUUAAAUUCUUGAUAUUUGCAUCACCAAGUUUUCACCAAAGGCCGGUAUUAUAAACAUUUUGUGUAUGGUAAAUUCUUGUUAGUCAUAGUAAUCAUUGAAAUAAUUUGUAUCAUAUCAUUAAUACACAUUUCAUAGAGUUUAAACAUUUUAAUUAAAACGCAUGAUAUUUAUGCCCUAGAUUAGAAUUAAAAAUAGUGUCUACAUACAUAAGUCCGGAUUCACAUGAGCGCCAAUAUCGUUUCAAUUGUAAACUUAUUAGUCUAAUCAAGUUUAAACGAACACAAGGCGAAUGAAAUUACUAACCAAAAAGCGUAUGUACAACAAAAUAUAUAUUGCUAUCACAAAGACUCGUAAAAUUCGCGUCGAUAAAUUCAGUGACCGCGAAGUGGCCGUGUAAAAGACAGAAUUAUAUACAAACUGUUCGUUAUAUUGGUGUAUUACCGGUUUAUAGACAUUGUGUGGUAAGUUAUAGAAACUGUAUUAACAUAACGCUGCCAAAUAUUACUCAUAGGUUCAGAAACAGCGUAGGACAAUUUGUGUUUAUAUCAGUGUUAGAUUGUAUGCAAUUUAUUACAUAACGGUUAAAUAGAUCUACAUUCUCAAUGUAAUAGACGCUUUGACUGUCACUUUGAGGCUUAUUACCGUAUUUUAAGGAGAGGACACAAUGUAGACUUUAAUGAGAUUUCAAUCAACGAGCACUAUAUAAAUUAAAGAAAUUAUAAGUGUCAAUAGACGUUCAAUGCGCUUUAUUUCACAAAUCUGCCAAUUAGAUUGUAGCUAUACAUAGGUAUAAUUAAUUUAGUCUAUAUGUUAUAUUAUUCACUUUACUACUUACGAAUUAGGUUCGGUGUGCACGCUACUUUUACUUACGGUUUAUCCAAAUCUUUUAUUACAAUAAUAACGAAUCUAGCGUGUACAUCGAGCCUUUAGCGUUUUUGAUAUAAUAAUGGACUUUAAUAAGGUUUCAGUAGAUCUCAAUGGAAUGUUAAAAUACAUAUCUUGGAGCAAUAUAGACUUUAAAGAAAACAAGUUAACUCAAAUCUGUCAAUUUCAUAUCUUAUGUUACGUAUCUAAUAAUUAUACGAAAUUGUUUAUUCUCUAUAAUAUGUUUUUACACCAGUUUUAUUGAUUGUCUUUUGUGAAUUGUAAUUUAAGCUAACGUUUGUGUUGUCUAUAGUUAUGUAUGUAGAAUCGAUUAAUCUUACAAAUUGACAGAUUGUCAUGGAGUUGUUCGAAAUAAAGCUCGCAUCGCAUCAAGUAGGACAUUUUUAUUAGAUAAUAAUUUUAACUGAUAACAUGAUGUGAUAAAAUGAACGUUUUUAAGCAUCAAUUGGUUGAUAUAUCAUAUAUUCCAUAGCCAUUAUUAGACAAAUAGGAAGAAAGGCACAAAUGCAAAGCAGACUUAGUUGUUCAUGGUCCAUAUUUAAUUUAACGCGCCCUCAACCAAUUGUUACUUUUAAGCAAUUGAAACAGUAAUAUGGAUCGGAGAAGUUUUUGAGAGUAAUACUUUUUCAACGAAUGUAGGAUUCAUAAAAUAUAAUGAGUUCGAAGACUUUGUAUUUAUGGCGGCCGAGGUUGUUACAAUAUAUUAUUAGAUGUGUCGAUGUUAAUACUGUUAAGUGUAGAACAUGCAUGUUGUGUACUAUCAAAACAAAACCAGCAAACGGGUCCAUGAAGGCUUGCUGAUUACUGCGCGGGUACAGGUUGUUGACGAAAUAUGACUUUAUUUCUUUGAUGUCUUAUUAAUUCUUUGUCCUCUUAUUUCUUGUUCAAUACUGUUUCGUUAUAAUUUAAAUUCUUAAAUUACGCGAUUAUUAUCAAUUUAUCCAAAAUCUUACUUUAUCUUAAAUUACCUUUUUUAAUAAAAAUGUUUAUGUGUAAUUAAUAUCUUCAAUUUUAAAAUUUGAUAAUCAUUCUUAAAAUACCUUACGAAAGUCAUUAGAUGUUGAAAGUGUGAAUUACUCGUGUUGGCCAAAAUCGCAGUAAUUUUGUUUUCGGAUGAAUUAUGGUUAUCAAUCGAUAGUAGGUAUAUAAUUAUACAUAUAUUAAUUGUAUAGGCGUGGUUAAACAUGGGCCCGAUGCGACCAAAAAAAUAAAAUAUAAGUAACUGACCAUUUUUCUAUGUUUUAAUAGAUUAGUUUGGUGUCUAAAUUAUUUUAUUUAAAUUCCAUUGAAUUUUAAUUACUUGUAUUAAAUCUGCACGUGUUUUUUUUGUGUAAAUAAUCACAGAAAUGCUAUUAAUUAUGUUUCCCAGUUCGUAGAGCGAUUC